GAACUGCUCGCCAAGAUGGCGGACGAGGAGGGUGAAGGGCUGCAGCGCUCGGCGCCGGCUCCGCACCGCAACGGGGGGGGCGGGCCCGGGGCGGGGGGGCCCCGCGUCGUCCGCAUCGUCAAGUCGGAGUCCGGCUACGGCUUCAACGUGCGGGGCCAAGUGAGCGAGGGCGGCCAGCUGCGGAGCAUCAACGGGGAGCUGUACGCGCCGCUGCAGCAUGUCAGCGCCGUGCUGGGCGGGGGGGCGGCCGACCGCGCCGGGGUGCGCAAGGGGGACCGCAUCCUGGAGGUGAAUGGUGUGAAUGUAGAAGGGGCAACGCACAAGCAGGUGGUGGACCUGAUUCGAGCAGGAGAGAAGGAGUUAAUACUGACAGUGUUAUCCGUUCCGCCCCAUGAGGCUGAUAACCUCGACCCCGGCGACGACUCUUUGGGGCAGUCGUUCUAUGACUACACCGAAAAGCAAGCUGUGCCCAUCUCCAUCCCCACAUACAAACACGUGGAGCAGAACGGCGAGAAGUUUGUGGUUUACAAUGUUUACAUGGCAGGGAGACAGCUGUGUUCGAAGCGGUACCGGGAGUUUGCCAUCCUCCACCAGAACCUGAAGCGGGAGUUUGCCAAUUUCACCUUUCCGCGCUUGCCGGGGAAAUGGCCUUUCUCUUUAUCGGAGCAGCAGUUGGAUGCCAGGCGCCGAGGGCUUGAGGAGUAUCUAGAGAAAGUAUGUUCCAUACGAGUCAUUGGGGAGAGCGACAUCAUGCAGGAGUUCUUAUCGGAAUCGGAUGAGAAUUACAAUGGGGUGUCAGAUGUGGAACUAAGAGUAGCACUACCGGACACAACAACAGUGACAGUCAGGGUCAAAAAGAACAGCACUACAGACCAGGUGUAUCAGGCUGUGGCUGCUAAAGUAGGGAUGGACAGCACUACAGCAAACUACUUUGCCUUGUUUGAAGUGAUCAAUCACUCCUUUGUGCGUAAACUGGCGCCCAAUGAAUUCCCACACAAGCUCUACGUACAGAACUACACGUCGGCAGUGCCGGGGACUUGUCUGACUAUCAGGAAAUGGCUCUUCACUACAGAAGAGGAAGCCCUCCUGAAUGACAAUGACCUCGCAGUUACCUACUUCUUCCACCAGGCUGUAGAUGAUGUGAAGAAAGGUUGCAUCAAAGCUGAGGAAAAGUCCUACCAGUUACAGAAGCUAUCUGAGCAGAAAAAGAUGGUCAUGUAUUUAAACAUGCUGCGGACAUGUGAGGGUUACAAUGAGAUCAUCUUCCCCCACUGCUCCUGUGACUCCCGGCGAAAGGGUCAUGUGAUCACAGCCAUCAGCAUCAAGCACUUUAAACUCCACGCCUGCACAGAGGAGGGUCAGCUAGAGAACCAGGUAAUAGCAUUUGAGUGGGACGAGAUGCAGCGGUGGGACACAGACGAAGAGGGAAUGGCAUUCUGUUUUGAAUACGCACGAGGAGAGAAGAAACCUCGAUGGGUUAAAAUCUUCACCCCAUAUUUCAACUACAUGCACGAGUGCUUCGAGCGGGUGUUCUGUGAGCUCAAGUGGAGGAAGGAGGUGGAGGAGGAAGCGACAGACAAGGAUAACAAGAACUUCAGUAAAGACAAUAUGUGCAGCAAGAAUAUCUUUCAGAUGGUCAGAUCACAGCAGAGAGACGCCGCCACUUAGCCCCUCCUGUCGUGGAAGAACGUAACCCCCCCCGAAAUUAACACUUAAAAAAAGAUUUAAAAAAUUCUGUUAUUGUAUUAAAAGCCCUUAAACUAAAUAUUAUUAAUAACAAUACCAUUUGUGAAUUUCAUGGUUAUGGAAUUAAGCAACUAGUUAAAAACCAGCAGGCUUAUCAGAGUAACAAGAGGGGAAAAACUUUUCAACAACAGACAAAAUCCACCCAAGGGUAUUCUGUUUCUCUUUUUUCGUUUCACUUGGGUCCUGCAUUGGAAGAUGGACUGUGCUUAUAUUAUAUUUUUUACAACUGGAAAUAGAAAUGCCAUCCAUUUGCACUGUUCAGACAUAUAUAUGUAUGUAUGUAAAAAAAAAAAAAAGAAAAAAAAAAGAAAGUUAUAUAUACAAAAUACCACACGUAUAUACAUAUAUAUAUUUCUUUUAAAAUUUCAUAGCAGCAGCAGUACCUUUUCUAAGCUUGCGUUUUUACACGCAUCUCUUUCCUCCGAAUCCAUCGUGUUUUUUUAAAAACUAACUUUAAUGGAAAAAAAAAAAAAGAAAAAAGUAACAUUACAGGGAAAUACCUCUCCUCUCAAAGGACCUUGACAAGUUUACAAGCUUUUAAUUUGGGUUCUUUUUUUUUUUCUCUUUUCAUUUUUUGCAUUGAACCUUUUUAAUAAGUGUAUUAAGCAGCUGCCUCCAGAUCUAGUGGGACAAGGAGAGAGGGGAUUUUGUUCACUGACAGUCUGAUCCUGCAUCCUUACCUUGGGUAGCGUUUAAACUCAGUGGGGCUGCUCACGGGUGUAAAUGUUCACGCGGGGUGUGAUGCUGUAAUUGAUGGGACGCUGAAAGCGAUGGGUAGGAUGGGUUUUGAGUUGGAGUCUUCCCAUUGGCCUCAAUGGACUUUGGGUCAAAGCCCUAAGGAGUGAAAUUCACCUCUGUGCCAAAGUGCCAGAUUAAGGCCUAUUCUCAGUGUAAGGCCCACUGCAAUCAUAGUUUGAAGGGUUAAGUGGACCUGGGAUGGUUCAUAGUCCUUGUGCUGGCGCUCGGGUCCUCAGGCAGAGGUGCAAAAAGGAGAGCCGCAAAGCAGAAUUAGCUCCGUGCAGCUUGGAGGGGAAGUGAGGCCCCGUCUGCGGCUUUCCCCACAACUUGAUCAGGUCUCUUUGGGGCGGGGCGAGACCGCCCAGAGCUGUCGCAGCCAAAGAGCUGGUAUCUUCCUGACGGCUGCUCCUUGCAGCUUUCCAGGACAGAAGCAGCAUUGUUUGGGUGCGGUGCUGACGCUUGUGUUCCACUAGCAGUCGGUCGGCCCAGGCAGGGCGGGGGAGACGAGGUCUGGCAGUGCAGGGUGGCUUCCCCGAGCUAGGGGCGGGUUUUAAACAGCCCCGUCUCUGAGAAUUGGAACUGUUCUAGCCAGCCAAGCAACAGCCUGGAUCAUUCCUCUCCUUUCCUGCAUGUGCCCUCUGCUUGCCCUUGAGCAGAGCUUAGUGUGGGGCUGAGCUUCUCCGAGUGCUUUUCAGUGCAAAGGCUUUUCUGCAGGGGAGGGGGUUCUGGCCCUGUAUAAACCAGGCUGUUAUGAAUUCCUACUGCUUCACCUCCCCCCGUCCCCGGGUGUGUGGUUCUAGGACUGGACGCAGGGAGCCAGCUGCAGGUUGAAGGACCUGAGGAGGCAGCCGUAGGCUAGAGGACACCUGAGGUUAGUUUGCUAGUGAGCAGUCGGGUCAUCCUUAUAGCCGUUCAGGUUGAUUUAUCGCCCCGACUGGUGUUUUGGCAACUUCUUCCCGUGUUGAGCUAGGCUGUGGUCCCUGUGGAUCAUAGUAGUAACUCUUCACUCGUCCAUUCCAGCCAAUGGCCACGGUGCCCUUGCCAGCGACCUGGUCUGCCGAGUGUGAGGUCCAGCUGGCAUGGUAGCAGUACAGUACUGCCCUGCAGUGGGACUCGGUGGCACUGGAGGCUCCUCUCCUUGUCUUGCCUUCUGGGCAGGCAGGGCCAGAGCCCAGCACUUUCAGCUCCAUGGUGGGUCAAGGGGAGAGGUCCGACAGCCCCACCUUUGAUUCAGGAAGGACAUCAAAGGGAGCCUGGGGACCUUGAAGGCGAGAGGCUAAGGAGAGUGGGAAUGAACGAACAGUCAGUAUAGACAGGAGGGGAAGAGGAGAGGGAAACGGGAGCAAUGGAAUUGGCUUACCGUCUUCAGAAAGAAGUCUAGGACAAUUGGCAGCUUUCCCUUGAGCUGGGUUGUCUGUGGCCCGUGCAUUUGAGAAGCUGCAAAGAAAGACCCGAAGCUGAGGCCUGGGCAGGCCUUCCUGCUUGCUCUAACUCGAUACACCCUUACCUUGAAGAAUCCGUCUCUUUAAUAAAGCAGGACGGCCCUUGAGGCUCGUGGUACGCAGCUCGCCACAUGUGGGAUCUGACACUGCCUGUCAUGGCAUGAAGCCAGUGUGGUCUGCCAGGAGGCCGCUUUAAACUGCGGGCCAGGAAAUGCUCUCUAAAGAUAGACAGCAUCCUUCGAGUCACAAUUUCGAAGUGGGGGCAGCGUCAGCUUAGGAGAAACCUUGGCCUUGCACUUAGAAUCCAGUGUUCUGCUGGCCUCUACAUUUUUGCCUACAAACGUCUCCUUUCUGGGCGUGAAUUAGGUAGCUUAGGUACACCCGUCUGAGUGAGUGCAAAGAAUUAGAGGCUGCAGUAGGAACUCUGUACUUUAGAUCUUGAACCUAUGACGUGUCCCUUCUGCAAAGAAACCAAAUUGAGCUGCGGAAGCUGGGUGGCUCUGUAUAAGGGGCUUUAAUAUGUUAACCCAUUGGAUGCCUUGGUGCACAGAAACCCGCCUCCUUUGAUUUGGUAUUGCUGGACGCAACCUAAGUAUCUGGGCCAACAGGUUAUGCAAACCAGCUUUUGUGCCCUGUAGACGGCGUGAAGAAUUCUCGAUCAGAACUGGAUUUGAAAUGCACAUGGCACACUCAAAGGUAGAUGCUUCUUAAAAUAAGAAACUUGUUGGGGCUGGGGGUUAGUGCUUUUAGAAGCAGCUGAAGUCUAGAUUCAGGGCAGCUGUGAAAACGUUAUCAUUUAACUAUAUAGACUUAAAGUUUUUCAAAUAUCCCUCUUACUUUCCACCUCCUUUCCUGGUCUGUGGCUUCUAGAUGCCCCAAGGCUUAAUUUCCUCACACCCCUGAAUUAUGUAAUUUAACAUAAUCCAAGAACCAGGCGUCACCCAAUGAAAUUAAUAGGCGGCGGGUUUGAAACAAACAAGAAGUAUUUCUUCACAUGAUGCGCAGUCAGCCCGUAGAACUCGUCGCCAGGGGAUGUGGUGGAGGCCAAAAGUAUAACUGGGUUCAAAAAAGAAUUAGAUGAGUUCAUGGAGGAUAGGGCCAUUGAUGGCCAUUAGCCAAGAUGGUCAGGGAUGCAACCCCACGCUCUUGAGUGUCCCUAAACCGUCAACUGCCAGAAGCCGCGACUGGAUGACGGGAUGGAUCACUUCGAAUUGUCCUGUUCAUUCCCUCUGAAGCAUCUGGCCCCGGCCGCUGUCGGGAGACAGGGUACUGGCUAGAUGGACCCAGUGCGGCUUUUCUUAUUUUCCAGCCCUAUGUACAGGAACAUAUUGCAUGUGAUGUAGGACCUAAGUAGCGAUGGAAGCACAAAAUAUUGGUUGGAACAUGAAGUGAAUUAUGUUUUUACACCAACUUGAGAUCUAAGCUGGUCAGAAGCCGGGUGGGUUUGGGGAGCAAUAUUAGUUUUUCCUAUGCAAUCCCAGGCUGCUAGUGGCUCGUUUGGGCCGCAAGAUUCUUCUCUUUGUUCAUUUAAAAGAAGCUUUUUGUGUCCUAUAGCAACUGUUGCUCCCUGUAGCAGAGACUCACUUACAGUAUAGAGCAGCCCAAACCACUGGCCAUGGGCAGAUAAAUCCAAAGUUUGGGUGUGUGUUUGAAACUUGUUCAGAGGGUGUGGCUGGGGCGGGACAGGUGCUGUUGGGUUAAAAAUGCUUGUGCCUUUUCAAAGUCGCUCUCUCCUUAAGCAUCUUCCUGUAGUGCAGUAUUUGCGGUUUAGGCUGAGAGGGGUGUUGAGUUUGGGGUCUAUCUACCCAACUUCCUGCCCGUCAUUGGCGUUAGGAGCAGAAUUGGAAGGCCAUAAGAAAAGCUACCUACACAAGGACCAUUCCCACCCUUCAUCAAAUUCCCUGGGCCAGCUGUUCCUCGAUAAGCUAGCUUGCUCGUUUCCCUUGGUUAAUCCUUCUGCUGCUAUAUCCCCCCCACCCUCCGAGCGAGACCAAUCAGAACACGGCACAGCUGUUGUGGUUGGACCCUGUUGUUACCUUUCCAGGUGGUUCUAUCAACCUCUGAUGGCAGGAAGGCGUUUUCGUCCUGGGCAGGUCGUCAAGGCACUGGGGAUCGUGUGCCCCUCUGGCAGUUCAGUAGCGAGCGGAUGGGCUGUCUCGCUGGAGUGUGUAUCCUCCAGCACAGAAGCCCUUUAGAGCUUGGAGAGUCCCCUCCUGGUGUGUGAGGCAGGCAACUUGUUCAAGGGACUGGGAGUCAGGAGACCUGGGUUCUAUUUCUGCCACUGACGUUCUGGAUGACCUUGGGCUAGUCACUUACCCAUCUGUGCCUCAGUUUCCCCACCAGUAGAAUGAGGUGCUCGUACCCGCCUGUGUAAAGCACUUUGAAACCCUUGACUGGGAGGCACUAUCCAAGUGCGCAGUAUUAGCCUCUCCCAAUAAAUUACCCAAAGGGCAAUACUCUCGUGUAUGGAGUGACGAGAUUGUCUCAGAGCCCCCGUCCCAUCAGCAAAACAUUUCCUUCUGUUUUAAUCAGAACAGAUGGAAAGAUCUCAGCAGCAGUGUUAAGAGCCCCUCCCCGGUCUCUGUUCGUUGGGCUCGGCUACUCACGUGACUCAAGUCAGAGGAGUUCAGCGGGUUUGUAUGUCACAGGAAUAAGCGCUGCGUUGGGCACCUCUGGAGGAUUUCACGUUCCAGCAGAGAUCUGUGUUAGAGGGGGAGGCUUGGACCCAGAGAGCUCUGCAUGCACGGCUGGCUUGGCUUUGCUGACAGUUCUGUGCACACAGCCAAGCACCUGGCUAAGGCUGAGGAGAGAGCCCUAAAAGGCUGUUUGAAGGAUGCUAAGUUAGGUUCUUCCUCGGGACUAGCAGGAGUGGACGGUGGCGGUUAGACUUGCUCUGCAGUGUUAUCUGAGGAAUGCAGAUUCUGUGCAACUUGUGUUCCCCAGUAUUCGCUCUCUUGGCAUCCAGUGCGGUUGUAAGUGUGUCUAGCUAGUCUCCUGCUGGGAAAGAAGUAAGGGAGCCCCAGAGAUCUGGAGGUACCUUUGGGCCUGGAGGACCAAUUAUUGGGUUUAUCAGGUGAAAUGUGCUAGCUGUGUCAUUGAACAGGAGCUGGUUUCCAUGGGCAGGAGGGGGGCAGUUUUCACUACAUGAGUUCCCCAAAAGGGGAGCCACCCGCCCAAAUGCUUAACUCUCAUUCCCCGAACACCUCCCCUGUCUGUAAUUUAUUCAGGCUCCAAGUCUCCUCUCCCCCAGUUUUGGGGUGCACCUUGAGAAGGUUUAACUUGCUUCUACUUAUUCCCUAAAAUCCAGGGGUGGGAUGUAGGGGAGGGGAGAUUCUCCCAUAUUCCUUAUGACCCUUUUCACACAGGCAGUAGCUCUGUAAUCAGCCAUUGUGUUGCCAGGUUUCUCUCAGUCCCCUGGAUUUAGGGAAGGACUUGGGCCAAUACUCCAAUUUUCCAUAGCUAAAGAAGCUGGAAAUCUGUUUGCAGCCGUAAGUUCUGCAGCGGGACCCAUGUAAAAAACAAAAAUGGAGAGAGAGCCAUAAACAUGAAAUUUCACUGCUGACUGAAGUAGGUCAACUUAAGAACUAGUAACCUCUUCCAGUUGACUUCUGUGCUGUGACAUUUAACCAUUGUUAGGUAUGUUGCUCAUUGUCUGUCUGUUGAGAGAGCUAGAAAGCAAGCACCUUUGCUCACAUCAGAGUGCCGGAUUUUGGGGCCUGAGGGGGAAGAACUGAAAUUUCCAUUUCCAUAGGUCCUGAAAUGCUGAUUUUGUGUGUGUGUGUUUGUUUAAAUUUGGAAAGAAACGGGUAAUCUGUCAAUUUCUCUUCCUUUAAAAAAAAAAAUCCUUGGCUGAUUUAAUUUGUCCUAUUUCUGGUGCCAUCAGAAAUAAGCAAUGAGGCCGUCUCUCUAUCUUAACACAGGUCACUUUUUAAAAAUGCAGCCCCAGUCCUUCCAUUUCCAGGCUCUUUACUUUUCAGAUUUUUUUAAAAAUCAAUUGAUCGGCUUUGGCUGCUCUGACGUCAGACCUACGAGCCUGUUAAAGUUAAAUAGGUCAGGUUGCUUGGUAUAAUAACUGCUUACCUCAAACGCUCUCUGAAUUAAAUAGGUAGAAGAUGCAGCUGAUGAGGAAGCCUUAAUUAGACGAGAAAUAAACUUCUCAGCCCCCCUUCCUCCUCUGAGCCUGAUGGUUUGCAGUAAUGGCCAAAGCAAGGUAACUGCUUCUUUGCUGUCUUGCAGAUUUUUUUUUUCUUUUUUGCUCUGUUUUCCUCCACAUUUAUAGAAACCAGGUGGGGGAGGGAAUAUAUUUUAUUGGACCAGCUUCUGUUGGGGAGAGACAAGCUUUCGAGCUUGCACAGAGCUGUACUUCAGGGCUGGGAAGCUAACUCAAAGCCAGAUUUAUGGACUCUUAACCUGAUUUGAGUGACUUAGAUGGCCAAGUGCUCUCUGGGAAAACUACAUUUUUAUCUGUGCAAAAGCUUUUCACUGCCUGCAAACAGAAGUUGGUGAGUGAUGCAUUUGUAAAAACCCAAGUGGUUUACAGAUCCCCCUCCACACACACACACACACACACACCCCUGCCUACCUACAUACUUACCUACACCUGCUUCGGAGGUGAAGCGUGUAUUAUUAAAGCUGACGGCAGCCUUGCUCAUGGAGACAGUUCUGUUUUUCUAAACAAAUUUGUAUAAAGCCUCCAUAGCCCUCACACUUACCGAGCGAUCCUGUAUUCUGGCUGCAAAGCUCCAACUGAGAGCGUGGAACUUGGUCAUUCAGUGCUGGAAAGGACUCCAACCAAGAGUUUACAAAGCACUGCCCGGUUACAGCUGAGUCCGCUGCCCUCUGGCACAGCCCUGGGUAGGGUGGCUGAGAACAGAAUUUGUCCCUGUUUGAAAUAACCGGUGGGGCUAGGGCUAGAUAUUUGGGGGAGCGGCAGGGGGUACGUUUCUCACCCAAGCAGGGUAUCCAAGAUGUAGUUGUCCUUCAGCACGAAGCUCUUCUGCUUCCAGUUAACCCAUCCGAUUGCACUAAACCAGUUCAGCAACCAGGUAGUUUGGACACAAUACAGUAGCUUCCCAUUAGCAGGAAGGCCCCUUGCUUGCUCCUGCACGUCCUUCUCCCUGCCGGUCUGCAGCACCAGGCCUCUCCUCUUGUUCAUCCCUUGCGCGCACACUACGACAGGUAGAGAGGUGGAAAGUCUCUGGAACCUUACUGCUCCCAGCCUUUGGAGAGUCCCCACCCCUUUCUGCGUGUGAGGCACGCUAUCCUAGCACCUUUCUAGAGGGAACUAUUUAAAUGCAGGUGUAUAGAAAAUGUUAACGCAGCUUCAGAAUUCAGUUUAGCAAUCACCCAGCUGCCGUGUCUGCUUCAUCCCUUGACCCUCUCCAGCCACCGUCCUCCUCUUCCCGGCUUAGAUUCCAGCUGCUCCACUUGAGAAGUUCCCUGACCUGUUACCUUGCAGCUCUUAGCCAGUCGCAACAAAGCAACUGCCCUAUAGCCAAGGACGCAGACUGUCGUGUAUGGAUCAGUAGGCUGUUACAUUGAGCUUUCGGGGGGGAGGGAAUCCGCAACUCAGUGCCCCCAAUUCAUCCCUUCCUCUGCAUUUUAUACCUUACCCCGGCCAUCCCUCUUCCACCCCAACCCUGGGUUGAAGCGUGUUAUGCAAAGGUUCAUCCGCGGGAGGAAAACAACAGAUAUAACAGCAAUAAUACAUCAGUCAGAGCUUUGAUGUAAGGUGGGGGGGAGUUCUCCCUCCUGGGGGGAUGGGAGGGGGAUUGAACUGAUGCCUGCUACUAAAUUUACAGAAAUUUUGUAUUGCCCCCUCCCCGCCCUUUUUUUGAGCCAGUAAAAUACCCCAGGUUUCGAUCCCAGGCACACUUGUUUUAAUUUAUUUGAGAGAACUCUAAUUGUAUUUUCACGGCAGUAUCUUGUAUUUUUUAUUUUUGUGAUUCAGAAAUGUGAAGAAGAAAACAAAACAAAAAGCCGAUUGCUAACAGUGUUUCAUUCCUUGUUCUAUAGAGCUAACCACUCUAAAAUUGUUUGGUAAAGUCACUUAGUGUAAUUAAUUGUAACAUAUUCUUUUAAAUAAAUUGAUUUAUUGAUGAAACUA